CACAUUAUCCAGACUAGCUACCAGGACAUACUCAUCAUUUCCUGAUUGCGGCUGAGUUGACAGAGGCAUACUUCUCAACCAUCAAGCAUCUGCAACGAUAACGGGCAAGAGACUCACAACACAAAGCAGUAAACAGUGUCGAAGUGGUACGACCCGCCCGUCUCCAAGGCAGCCGAGACACAGUGGAAUGGAGGCGGAGUCACGUCAUCUGGACUCGGUCCCUGUGACACAUAAUCAAGCGCGUUAGCAUCAAGGACAACAAGUGGCUCUGUACUUUUUCGUUCGGCUUGGCUGUGUCGAAACCGAAGGAAAGCAGCUUCAUUCUGUCAGCUGGAGCAACUGACGUGUUAUUAAGGACAAACCCGUGUGGUGGUGUGUGAUUAAAGCCAAGCAGGCUCUGUCUCCUGGUCAUGGCUAAAGAUCCACUAGCAGAUGCUGGACUUCAUUUCGAUGAACUCAACAAGUUACGAGUACUCGAUCCAGAUGUCUCCCAGAAGACCACCGAGCUCAAAGAGGAAUGCAAAGACUUUGUUGACAAAAUUGGCCAGUUUCAGAAGAUAGUGGGUGGACUUAUUGAAAUGGUGGAUGAAUUGGCCAAGGAAGCAGAAAAAGAAAAAAUGAAGGCGAUAGGUGCUAGAAAUCUGCUGAAAUCAGUUGCGAAACAGCGAGAGGCUCAGCAGCAACAACUACAGGCUCUAAUUGCAGAGAAGAGGAUGCAGCUGGAAAGGUACAGAAUUGAAUAUGAAGCUCUCUCCAAAGUCGAAGCAGAGCAGAAUGAGUUCAUUGACCAGUUUAUGCUGCAGAAAUGAUGGUCUUUUCUUCAGCUUUUGUCAAGAGGACAGAAAGUAUGAUGCUAUGCGUCUCUUUGACAAUGACUUCGCUAAUAAGAAGUGGGAUUCUCACUUGGUCAUUUGUUUCAAUACAUGCAUUUAACAACCUCAACAUAUGACCCAUAUCAUGACCAGUUCCUCGGGUUACAAAUGUAACAUAUCUGUUCCACAAUAAGGCAUUAGAUAAGUAUUUAUAUAAAACAGCAAAUAUUUAUACUAUUUAUAUAGAAUUAUUCUGUAAAUCUUAUUUUAAUACCUCUUUUGCUACCAGGUAAUAAAUACAGUAUCUGCAUGUUACUGUAAAUAAUUACAAAACCAAGACUUGAGUGUUUUGUUAUCUGUAUAUUUUGUAUCCUUUUUGUGAACAUUCUGAUUUUAGUGUAGCUUUAAUUCCUCGACACCCUCGAUUGUUCAUGGGACCACAAAAAGAGGUGCAUUUAAAGUUCAGGAACUUUUGUAACCAAACAGUGCAUUUAUUUACUUUGUUUACAUUAUUAAAAUCCUUACACGACACCUGUUAUCACACUAACAUUUGUUUUGACAGACACUAUAUAAAACAUGAUAUAUAUUUGAAUAAAACUAUUUUGCUCAUG